GUUGAAAUAUUUGAAAUAAAAACUUAUUCAUACGUGACGCUUUGUUAAUUCAUAAACGUCAGAUUAUGUUUCCGAAAAUUAGUAGUGAACCGAAAAUAAUAUACGCCUGUGUUUUACUUUGUGCAUUCACUGUCCCAUUCGCAUACACAGUAAAGGCCCAACAGUAUUUUACUGAUCAUGAAGCCAAUGAAGAAUCUGAUGGGGAAGUGAUUUCGAUUGAACAUUCAAUUCAUAAAAGAAGUGUUCCUGAACUUUUUCUCUAUAUAAAAAAACAUAACUAUGAUAGAAAAUUUAUUUUGCAGUCAUCAGAAGGAUUUUUUGCUGGUAAAAAAACAAAAGUCUGGGUAGCAAAAAAAAUUGGCGAAGAAUUUAGAUAUGUUUUAAAAAAAGAUAUUAUGGAGAAGGUGAACCUUACAUUUUAUCAUAACCGAAAAACGAGGUCUGUCAUAGCUCAUACAGUAAAUGAAGAAGGUGUUUCAGAAUUCAAUGGUAUUAUUGAUUCUGACAAAGUAAUACGUUCGUUAAAUAAUGUCAAACGCUUUCGCCGUGAUGUUUCAUCGAAAUCACUGUACGAAUCAAAAAACAAUAGUUUCAAGAAUUAUCACGUACUUUAUAAACGAGAAAUAUCUCCACCAAAUAGCAGGAAAAAUAAUUAUUCUCCAAAUCCCGCACAUGAUUAUGAUGAUUUGAAAAUAAUUAACGAAACUCCAGAAAUAGUAUAUCCAGAAAUUUUAAUUUAUGUAGAUACAUCAUUUUUUCUACACUUUAAUAGCAGUAUAGAAAAAACUAUUACUUAUGUUUUAAUAUUUUGGAAUACAGUAGCUCUUUACUUUAGAGAAAUGGAUGAUCCUUCAGUUCGUUUAAGUAUAGCUGGAAUUGUUGUGUGUGAGGAUCCAAUAGAACCGAUGAAUACAUACAAUAUUAAUGGAAGGACUUUGCUGAGAUUUUCAAAUUUUAUGUUCAAUCAAACUAAUUUCAAUUUGUCACUUGAUUACGAUAUUGCUGUGUUUUUCGUUAAACCAAGAAUAUUUCAGAAAGUAAUAGGUAUUUCAUAUGAAGGAACUGUUUGUAGAAAGAUAGAACCAAAUGUAUACUCAGUAUCAAUUAUUAGUGAUUCAGGAAACUUCCAUAGAAUUUCGACUGGUGUACAUGAAAUAGGUCAUAUAUUGGGAGCUCCUCAUGAUGAUAACAAAAAUUUAAGUGCAGCAGAAAUAGAAAGAUGUACUUUUAAGAACGGUUUUGUUAUGAGUUAUCAUAGAGUAAAUGAAAAUCAAUUUUACUUUUCUCCGUGUUCCAAAGCAAAAAUGAAAUUUACAUUAAGUUUAGAGCGUACCGAGUGCGUUCGAAAUAAUCCAGCUGUUGGUAGAACUGAUGAUGAAAUGCUAUCAACUUUUUCUGGACAAUACAUGUCAGCAGAUGAACAAUGCAUAUCCGGAAAAUAUGAGAGAGCGCUUGUAUCUCCAAGAAUUUGUGUAGAAUUAGAAUGCGUCAAAAAUAAUUCAAGAGUUUAUCAAAAUAAACCAGCACUUGAAGGAACUCCUUGUGACGUGGAAAGCGCCUGCUUAAUGGGAAAGUGUGUAAAAGUACAAUCUGAUAGAAAUGGCAGGAAUUCAGUUCUAGAUGUAUUAUUCCCACAACAUUUUGAACCGUAUAAAAGUAAUAAAUCUCUCGAGGAGCAAUGUAAUGAAAGAGGAAUAUUAAACGUUGAAAAAGCUACUUUAAGUGAUUGUAGUCUUAACUGUCAAGGUAUAACAAGUACGGGAUACUUUGAAAAUACAUUUUAUAAACCCAAUGAUGGAACUGUGUGUAAUAAUAAUGGAUAUUGUCUGGAUGGAACAUGUUACGAUGAAAAUUACAAAUUAUCUGAAAUGCAGUGUAUAAAUUCUGGAGCAUCAAGAUUUUCAAAAAAGUCUUCAAGAGAAUGUCACUUGGUCUGCAUUAAAAAACUUUAUAAAUAUUCUGAUGUAUUCCGUGGCCCAUUUUUUUUCAAGAAUUUAACCACAGUGACAGCAGUAGCUCAAGAUGGAUUUCCGUGCAAUAAUAAUGGAUACUGUAAAAAUGGAAAAUGUGUCAAUACGACAAUUACGUCAACUACUGUCAGCACCAAUGAAACAACUACUCCCUCAGAUAAAUAUAAAUCUCCCAUAGAACGAUGUAAAGAUAUAUCAAUGGCUUGGAUGUAUGACUUUAACGACGGUUGCAUAACUUAUUGCGAAAAUGAAGAAAAUAAGGAAAUCGAUGAAAAUUUAGUUGCUGAAAAUGGAUAUCCUUGUGAUAAUAAUGGAACCUGUGAAGAUGGAAACUGUAUGAAUAUGACAAUAGUGCCAUCAACUACUCCUUCAGAUAAAUGGCAUGGUUUUAAAUCUCCUAGUGAACGUUGUAACAUCAUUGGAAUGUCUCUGGCAGAUAAUUAUAACGAAGGAUGUAUAGCAUAUUGCAUAAAUGAAACUAACAAACUCGAUGAUCAUUUAGUUGCUGAAAAUGGAUAUCCUUGCGAUAAUAAUGGAAUCUGUGACGAUGGUAUUUGCAUUAAUAUGUCAUUUAUGACAAGUACUAUUCGUUCAACUACUCCCACAGAAAGAUCGUACGAUGGAUUUGAAUCUCCUUUGAAUCGAUGUCUAAAAAUUCAAAUGUUUUUAUCGUAUAAUCAUGAUACAACUAACUGUACAAUCGUGUGCACUAGCAAAAAUGCGUUAAGUAUCAAAGAUAUAUUUAAAAUAGAUGAGAAAAUUGUCUUUCAAAAUUUAACAGCAGAAGAUGGAUAUCCUUGCGAAACAGAUGGAUUUUGCCUAAAAGGAAAAUGUAUGGAUAUAAAAAUUUCUGAAGAUGUUAAUAGGGAAUUCAUCAAUUGGAAUAAUGAUGAGCUGAGAGGAAAGUAUUUUAAAUAAUGCACAUUAUGAUUAUUAAAAUAUAACUGAGUAAUUUUCAAAAAUCUCUCAAUAUUUUGUGAAAAGAUUAUAAGUUGAUUUAUUCUCAUCUUUAAAUUUCUUCAAUGUCAAUAAAGUUGUAAAAUCUUUUGCGAUGUUUUAAAUAAAUAUAAAUUAAUUUAAAAA